AUGAGCCGCCUGAAGUUUGUUCGCGUUGGACUUCCUUUUUUCGCCCUCGUCUUGGGAAGCGCGUACGGACUCCACUUUUUUCAACAAGUCAAAUUCGAUUUUCGAAAAAUCAAGCAAGAAGACGAUAAUCUUGAGCUUUUGCGAUCAGAUUUGACAAAAAGCGGUGUGCGAUUGCGAGAAGGAGUAACUGUAGACUCAGUCUAUAAGGAAGUAGCAGCGCUCGACACCGAUAACUGGGAGAACAUUCGCGGUCCAAGAGACACCGAAGAUCUCACAGAGUACAACCGUAUUAACAGCAAGAGGCUAGCCGUAAAGCUCGCGAGUCGAAAACUAAUGUCUGAGAAUAUUCCCGACAUUGAUCCAAACGAGCAACUUCCAAUCGCCCCUGGCCUUCAUCAAGAUUUGGGAAUCGAUAAUCCACCUGAGCCAGAUAACGCAUCAAUUAGAGCUGAACGAGGAUCACCAACUCCAUCCUCUGUUACUGUUGAUAACGCACCGUCUCUUCCGGAUCGGUCGUUUUCGAACUUGCCAAUAAACGACCCGUUCUCCAGUGACAUUCCAGAAGUUCCGAUUCCAUCUUCUGCUUUAUCGCUUUCCAGUCAAGCCCUAUCGGAUCCAGUUCCCACUCCUUCCGAUACUUCUAGACCAGGAAUUUCUCAAAACGACGAACAGACAUCGAACAUCGGCCAUCCAACGGACCCACAAGAACCAAACGAAGUGAACAACGAAUAUUUGGCGCAUCUUCUUGAUUUGGGUUUCGACGAAUACACUGCUGAACUUUCGUUGAAAAGAACUAACAAUACAGGAGUCGAACAGGCAGUUGCUUGGAUUGUGGAGCGAUCGAACGAGAGCGAUUUCGACGACGAUUCUAGCAGUAGUGAAAACGAAGUAGAGGAAAUGGGAGCUGUUCAGUCAACUUAUGGUCGUACGCACAAAAUGGUACUCGUUGCCAAUAUGAGCUUGAAGAUGGGUACGGGAAAGCUUGCAGCUCAAGUUGGUCAUGCUACUCUCGCUGUAUACCGUCAAGCUAUGAAUUCGGAAGCAGGACAGAAUGCAGUGGCUGCUUGGUCCAAACAUGGUCAAGUUAAGAUAGUUCUGAAAGGACAAAGUACAGAGCAAUUGAUGGAUUUGUGCAAAGCAGCAAAAGACGCAGGAUGUUUCUACUAUCUAGUUCAAGAUGCUGGUUAUACUCAAAUUCCACCUGGCUCUCGAACGGUUCUUGGAAUCUUUGGAACGGUUGAACAAGUCGAUUCAGUGACAGGAGGAUUGAAGCUUCUCUAA